AUUUCGAAAACGAAACUUGGAAAAACGACAUAAUUUACCAGAAAGCAUUAUGGAGGACAUCCAGUCUUUGACAGAUAAGGAAUUGGUCGAUGAAUUACGAAUGCUUGGAGCAAAUCCUGGUCCAAUUAUUUCUUCAACAAGAAGUGUGUAUGAGAAAAGAUUACUGAAACUCAGGACUGGGGGAAGUUUGAACACAAAACCAAGCUCUAAAAAACAUUAUUCUGAAGUACCAGAUGAUGAGGACCAGUCGCCCGCACCUAAACCCAGGUCUCCCAGACUGAGGAAGAGAGUAGUACCAAAGCCAGAACCUGAAGAAGCAGAUGAAAUGGAUGACAGUGGUGCCCCAGAUUUUGGAGAUGAAGAGCCUGAUGAGAAAUCUACAGGAGAAUCUGGGUCAGCACCGCAGCCAGCGGGGGGCGUGGCCACGUACGCCAAGAUCCUCAUCUUCAUCAUUGUCCUCUUCUUUGUUUAUCUGGUCUACAUCAACAUGGAACCAUCAUCUGGAAACAGGGUGCCCAAGAUCAAAGGCUGACCAUUAAUUUGUUCUGCCAACUUAUGGACUGUGAUUUCACAACAAUGUUCUGUUUUACCAGUAAAUAUGUGCAAUUUGGCUUGCCUAUGUAAACAUUUUGGUAGCGUAAUUGUAGCGGUGUAUUUAAUUCAUACAUAUAUGUAUGUAUUUAUUUUUAGUCUGAUAAAAACAAGAGAUUAUGUAUUAAUUUUGGUUAUAUUUGAACAAUAAAUUGUCAAGAUAUAAA